GAUCCCGUCUGCGCCAGGAGGACUCCCCACCCCGGAUCGUGGAGCACCCAUCUGACCUGAUUGUCUCCAAAGGGGAGCCCGCCACUCUCAACUGUAAAGCAGAGGGGCGGCCAACCCCAACAGUGGAGUGGUACAAGGAUGGAGAGCGAGUGGAAACGGACAAAGAUGACCCUCGUUCUCACCGCAUGCUGCUGCCCAGUGGCUCUCUUUUCUUCCUUCGCAUAGUUCAUGGACGGCGGAGCAAACCAGAUGAGGGAGCCUAUGUCUGCGUGGCCCGGAACUACCUGGGGGAGGCUGUCAGCCGUAAUGCAUCUUUGGAAGUAGCAUUGGCUGAAGCUCCACUGUAGCGGUGAGCCAGCCCCAGCAGGAGGGCCGCAGUCAACCCUGUGCCAUGUGAGAGCUGCAGGGAGUGGGCUAACGAGGUGUCCAGGCAGCUGACUGCUUUGUCCUGCCGCCUGUGAGUGGCGAUGGCACAAAGAGUGUCCUGCAGAGAGUCCUGUCUGUUCUUUGUGUCUGCCUUUCUCCACUGCCCAGCACUUUGGAACACAAAAGGAAGGCGUGCGAGGCAGCAUUGUGGCAUCAGGUGGAUGAGGCCUUGUGCCUGUCGCCCAUUUACCUCCUCCCCAUCCGUCUCUUCUCCAGACCAUAAAAAAAGCUUAUACUUGAGUCUUGGAUGGCUUUGAAUUUGUGUCUCAUGCAGUUUGUGUAUUCCUGUGCUAUUUUCACCGAAGCUUUGGCCAAUAACUAUCAUUUUAUUAGAUUCUCCAUCCACUUUCUUGUUCCAUCUUGCCUUUCUUUUCUUUCCUCUCCUUUUCACAU